AUGAAUGCAAUUUAUAAUGCGUUUGGCAGUUGGCAAGGGGUCACGAGGUUCAAUUUUAUGGUAAGUUAUGGAAAGCCAGAUAUUCUAAUAAGUUUCACUAGUUUCCCUAGUGAGGAUUAUGAGCCAUUUCUACGGCACUCAGGAAUAAUGGCUUACGCAGAUCUUCCCCCUAAAGGAAAGCUCCAUUUCAGGGCAGACGUUCCUUGGUCGAACGCAGCAAGUGGUGAUAAAAUGGACAUUGAAACAAUUGCGGUGCAUGAGCUAGGACACAUACUUGGUCUUAGGCAUAUUAAUGUUCCUUCUGCCGUAAUGUGGCCAUAUUCAGAAUUAGGGGUUAUCAAAAGAAAAUUAUAUCGUGAUGACAUCCUCGCAAUUAAGGCAUUGUACAAUUUUCGUUAG